UACGUAAUGAUGUUGGUUUAAUAAUAUAGACCUAGAUAAGUCUGCAGUCCUCGCCGUCAGUGUACGCAGUGUUCAACUUAAUCAGUGCGUGGCAAGACGGCAUGGACUCUGCUGACAACGGCGCCUGCAAUUUCUUGAGAGCUGGGGCAGUCAAGGAAGCCACACCGGCCCACGCCCACAGCCAUGACCACUCACAUGACCACAGCCACACACAUGACCAUGGACAUACACACGAGGCUAUGGAGAACCCAGGGUCCUUCACUGGCAGACCCAGGCCAAUACUACGCAAGGAUUUUAAGAAGAGGGCAUUCACCGUGGGUAUUGGAGGUCCUGUGGGUUCAGGGAAGACGGCUCUAGUUCUGGCUCUCUGCAGACAUCUACGGGACAGACAUGGUGUGUGUGUAGUCACAAAUGAUAUAUUUACCAGGGAAGACUGGGAGUUUUUGGUCCGUAACAAAGCAUUACCAGAGGAGAGGAUGCGAGCUGUGGAGACGGGAGGCUGUCCCCAUGCUGCCAUCAGAGAGGAUUACUCUCUGAACCUGGAAGAAGUGAUAGAUCUGACCAAGCAGUUCAGCCCUGAGCUGGUCAUUAUAGAGUCUGGUGGGGAUAAUUUAGCCGCUAACUUCAGCCGAGAGCUGGCUGAUUACAUCAUAUACGUCAUAGAUGUUGCAGGAGGAGAUAAGAUCCCGAGGAAGGGAGGUCCAGGCAUCACUGAGAGUGAUCUCCUGGUCAUUAACAAAACUGACCUGGCCGAAGCUGUUGGGGCUGACCUGAAGGUGAUGGAGAGAGAUGCCUCCAUGAUGAGACAGACAGGUCCAACUCUUUUUACUCAGGCUAAACACCUGGUUGGCGUUCCUGAAGUGGCAGAACAUAUCAUGACUGCACUGAGAGAGACCACAGCUAGCUGAUACUGUGAACAGGCACUGCAGGCUGAGAGCACACAGCCUUUGUAUGCUGGUGCUGAAUGUUAGAGUUCUGCCUGUGAAACUGGUGCACACAUGCAUGCAUGUACAUGCACGCACACACACAAACACACACACACACACACACACACCAUUUGCCAACAAAUCCUUUUACCUUAUCUUCCUUUUCAGCAUCUUGUUGACAUUCUCUAUUUUCAGUUUUACUCUGAAAAUAUUGUGAUAACUGUUCUGCAUUUUCAGUCAAUUGCUCAUCAUGAUAGUUUUAUAUUCCAAAUAUGAUGUGUUAUUGAAAUUCAGCAUUCAGUUAGCAUUGAACAUAAACAGCAAGUCAUUUAUCAAGAGUUUCUGUGCACUGCUACUGUAUAUUUAUAAACAGUCAUCAUUCUAGUUUCUGUAUUAAAGAUAAGUUAAUUUACUAUAGAAAUAAGUAAAGUGUAAAUUUGUCUGUUCCCAGGCACAUCCCAAUCCUAACAACAAACUCUACAAUCUACUCUUACACUUUGUCUUUGCUCUGUCUUUAUAACCAGUAGAUUAAUCCAGGCACCGGUCCUGCGAUAUCUUAACAUAUUAUUAAAUAUUGGGGUUUGUGUAAGAGAUGAACCACUGUUGUAGUAUGUUUUGAUGCAAACUUGAUGGUUAUUAAGAUAUAGACCAUCUAUUAUUAAAACACAUGAAGUUCUACAUGUUCCUGAUUGCCCAGAAUAGCAGUGUGCUAAUAGAAAUCUCAACUGUUGGUGUUUUCAACCUCUGCUGGGAGAUAGAAGAUCAAGCUGAAGUCAAGUGUAGAGCAUUUUAUUUAUAUAACGUGAGCAGACAAAUCUGUAAUUAAUUCAAAGGUAACUUUCAAAAAAGAUUCAAAGCCUUAACCAUUCUUGUUGGUUUUAAUGAUUGUAAAAAAUGGAAAUGCGUUAUGUGCUAAUUGUGAAUUGAAAUGUUUAAAUCUGAAAGCCACCAGAACAUCUGAACUGUAA